AUGUCUUCGGAGCACCCAACGAUCUUGCCAGCCGUCAACGGCGUGAACGGCACCAAUGGAUCGGCUGCAGCGCCUUCCAGGUCUGCCGCACCUGCUGCUGCUGCUGCUGCUUCAGCACACGGACCUAGCGGAACUUUUGGCGUCAAGUCUGGUCUUGCUCAGAUGCUCAAGGGAGGCGUCAUCAUGGUGCGUUCAGUCAGCAGGCUUGGCUGCUCGCUGUAGGAGGAGAGGCUCUACGAAAUUCUCGUCCCUCCCGAAGCUCACGCUGCCUUGCACCCUGCUCGGCACUUCGCAGGACGUCGUCAACGCUGAGCAGGCGCGCAUUGCCGAAGAGGCAGGCGCUUGCGCCGUUAUGGCUCUGGAAAGAGUACCAGCUGACAUCCGCGUGGAAGGCGGCGUCGCCCGUAUGUCAGACCCCAAGAUGAUCAAGGAGAUCAUCGAGGCUGUCACCAUCCCCGUCAUGGCUAAGUGCCGCAUUGGCCACUUCGUAGAGGCUCAGAUUUUGCAGGUGAGUACAGACGUUGCCCUCCGCGACAUGGAGCGGCGUAGAGAGUGGUGUUGUCGUCGCCAUGUAGCUCUAGGCAAGGAGUUUGUGCGCGAUUGUUGCCUCGCAGCUGCUCUGCGAGGCGUGCAUCUGACCUGACGCAUCUCGGACCUCCUCGCUUCUGCUCAACACAGUCCAUCAACGUCGACUACAUUGACGAGUCGGAAGUGUUGACGCCCGCAGAUGACUACCACCACAUCGCCAAGCACCAGUUCAAGAUUCCUUUUGUAUGCGGAUGCCGAAACCUCGGCGAGGCCUUGAGGCGCAUCUCUGAGGGCGCGGCCAUGAUCCGUACCAAGGGCGAGGCAGGCACUGGAAAUGUUGUAGAGGCGGUGCACCACCAGCGCACAGUCCAAGCAGAGAUCCGACGAGCUGCUGGUAUGAGCGAUGAGGAGCUGUACGCAUACGCCAAGGAGAUCUCCGCUCCAUACCACCUGCUCAAGGAGACCGCCCGACUGAAGCGCUUGCCAGUCGUCAACUUUGCCGCUGGAGGUGUUGCUACUCCCGCAGAUGCAGCGCUCAUGAUGCAGCUCGGCAGCGACGGUGUAUUCGUCGGUUCGGGCAUCUUCAAGGGACAGAAUCAGGCAGCUAGAGCCAAGGCCAUUGUCCAAGCUGUGGCACACUACGAUUCUCCAGAGAAGCUUGCCGAAGUCUCCACCGACCUCGGCGAGGCUAUGGUUGGCUUGACCAUCAGCGACAACAUGAAAGGCGGCAAGCUCUCUCAGCGUGGCUGGUAA